AUGUUUGGGGGCCAAUUCCUAGAGUCCAAGGAACUGACAGCGACCGUGGAGGAAAUGGACGGUGUUGUCUCUGAGCGAAGUUUCGAGGCACUUUUUCAAUGGUUAUACCUUCACGUUGUGAAGUUCGGCAUAGAGGAUCCGACGGAGCAUAUUUCGGCUUCUAUGGAGCUUGUGAGGCUAGCAGACAAGUACAGGAUCGUUGAACUUGAAGAUGAAAUGGCGCAAUAUAUCAAGGACAUAAUGAUUAUCACCCCCACUUGGGGUCGACACUUCGACACUAACACUCACUAUUUGACCUCCGAGCAUGUCAUCUCAGCCGCAGUCUUACAUCGAGAGCAUCCGGUACGACGCCUCUUCGCUGCAGCUUCAGUUGAAGGUUAUCUUCGAAGCGAAUAUCAUAAGUUCGCCGAUUUAUAUGAAGACUGUCCUUGCUUUGCCGCUGACCUUCUUCGAGAGGUAAGAAUGGCAUUGAAUGGGGUCAAACCAUCCAAGUACACGGAGUUCAAAGACCCUGUUAGCGGAACAAUGAUUGAGGUGAACCAAGACCAUGACUAG